AUGGAAGAAAGUAUCAACCAAGACCUACCUAGAAAUAAUAAUGCUGAAAAUAAUUCUGCUUCGAAUGAACGUUCUCUUCCUCCCGCGAGUAACGAAAAUCAAUCACAAACUUGUAGUGUUCGGGGGAAAACUGAUCCUGCUUGGAGAUACAUUGCUUUACAGAAUAUAAAUGGAAAACUGCAUUACCAAUGCUUAUUUUGUCUGAGUACUUUUGGGGGCGGGGGAAUUAAUAGAAUGAAAAAGCAUUUGGCGAAGAUAGGUAGAGACAUCAAGAAGUGUUCUAAGGUCCCGUAUGAUAUAGAAAAACAAAUGGAAGGUUUAUUGAAAGAGAUUCAGAAAAGUAAAACUAGUAAAAGGAAAGUAAGUUUCAAUGAAGAGGGUACCGAUGAGUGUGAGGAUGCAAUUGAUGAAGCAAUAGCGCAAGAGGAACAACAAACUCCGAGUCAGUUACCAACUAAGGAGGUUGUUGGAGGCGAUCCAAAAAAGAAAGCAAAAACCAUUAUUCCUCCUAUGAUUCCUUUCAAUACGGUUAUAUCACCUUUUUUUCAAGAUAUGUUGGAUGGUGUAGCUGGCUAUGGGCCUGGUUAUAUAGGUCCUUCUUAUGACUCUUUGAGGGUUAACUUAUUAGCCGAUCUCAAAAGGGAGUGUCAAAUGGUUGUUGAUAGCUAUAGGUCUGCUUGGAAAGAAACUGGAUGUACUCUCAUGGCUGAUGGUUGGACAGAUCAAAGGCAAAGAACGUUGAUGAAUUUUUUGGUUUAUUGUUCGAAAGGGUUGUGCUUUGUGAAAUCUGUAGAUGCCUCAAGUAUAGUUAAAAAUGCUUCUAGCUUGUGUGACUUGUUUUCAGAGGUGAUUGAAUGGAUUGGACCUGAUAAUGUUAUUCAUGUAGUAACCGAUAAUGCUGCGAAUUAUGUUGCUGCUGGUAGGCUUAUUAAUAAGAAAUUUGAAAAUAUUCACUGGUCACCUUGUGCUGCUCAUUGCUUGAAUCUUAUUCUAAAAGAUAUAAGCAGCAUGCCACAUAUUUCUAGCCUUGCAACACGUGCUUAG